GCCUCUCUAAUUCAGGGGCUCUAGUCGUGGUAGUAGAGACAGACUACGUCGCCAAAUUAAUAGCUGCACAUGUACUGUACAUUUUUAUCACAGGUUUUUUACGCUUCCUCAGAGAAUUAAGAACAGAAGAAAGUAGCUUGAUGGUGUUAAAGUUUGAGAGAGAUGGUGAUGCCUGAUGCAACAGCCUUCUACUAGAUCAUAAUGAAUGAAGUUUAUCUUUAUUUUUAUGGAAUGAACUACCUAAAUGCAUGUUUCGCUUAAUCUAAUAACGUAAAGCCAAUGAGGAAGGUAAUACAUAUUAAGUGUUGAGUUAUAGAUCAACAGACAUCAUGACAGUUACAGAGAUCUUAGGACCUGAUGUAGAAAUUAAAAUCCAGGAAUUUAAAAAAAGAUUUACAAAAGAAAUGGAACUCUCAAUGUACGAAGACAAAUUUAUGUUUUAUAGAUUUUUGAAAGCCCGGGACUUCAACAUGGACCAGGCUGAGUCAAUGCUGCGCAAGCACUUAGAAUGGAGAAAGGAAUUUAAAAUAGACAAAAUCAUGACAGAACCUUUCAAGCUAGAUGUAAGUAUUUUUACUACUUAUCAUGAAUGUAAUUACUACAUUGCCAUUCUACGAUUUCCAAAAUUUAAUAGAUGUAAUCUAGCAAAUGGUAAUGGUCUAGUCUGCUCAAAUCUUUGA